AUGGUAUAUCUGCUCGGUCACCCUAAUCAAGCGCUUUUGGACAUUACAUUUUCUGACGUCCCACGAAAAGUGAACGAGCGCGAAUUGGCGAAACAACUAAGUGAAUUGUUUGACAACGUAACGGAGAAGUGCAAGGAUCAAAGAGGACCUGUUGUGGGCAAAGUACAGCUAGAAGAUUUUCGCUUUCUUGUAUCUGUCUUCGAAAAUGGCCAUUUCAGUGGAUGGCCCAGUGCCUAUGAUAAACCAGAAGUAUUAAAAACGAUCGAGAGCAUCCUUUGUUAUGAAGUCACCAGUUUUGCACAGGAAGAUAAUCUCAUGCGCAAUUCGAGGGUGAACUGCAUGUUCAUUCGUCCAAUACGGAGCCGGCCCUCGGGAUACUUCCGUGCACAGUUUCAAGGACAUACCGCGUUGGAUCAAGGGAAAGUCAUUGAUGAGUUAAGAAGAACAAAUGCUACCGAAGAAGUCACUUACUAUAUAGAUCCGUUUCAGUACCGCUUCCAACAACACAACCUGACGAACGCAUCAAGUGAGUUGGUUAUUGGCUCGGAAAUCGGUGGUACGUCCGAUCGAAACGCAUCACCUUAUACCCGUGAUUGUUGUUUUUCAUAA